AGUAACUGACCGGGGAACUCAGUGUGCCGAAGACAAGAUGUCGACUAAAGAAGUUUCCGCCUUUAUAACAAAGCUGCUGUGCCGAAGCCGGGGAUGUAUGGAGUACAGUGAGCUACACCGCGCUGUGCGGCAGCGCUACAGCCUGAGCGAUCAGGAUCUCCUCGCCUUCCUCGGCGACACCUCCAGGUUCAUCGUCACAGGCGACAGUAGCCAGUCGGGGGUAGCGGGUCCGCAGCCGGGCGCCGCCAGCCGAGUCAUCGCCAAGACGUCGGUGCGCCUUUGCCAAAUGCAUGAGUGCGACGGCCGCGCUUGCCAGAAUCUGCACCUGUGCAAGUAUUUGGUUUGCGGACAGUGCGGACGCGGGAAAAAAUGCAAGUACUCCCACAAGGUUCACUCUUCCCACAACUCCAACAUUUUGACAGAAGAAGGAUUGCAAGACCUUGACCAGCUGGAGCUGUUCCAGCUGCUGCUGCAGAAUGAUAAUUGGCUGCUGCCUGAUAUCUGCUCUCAUUACAACUUGGGCAGUGAUAAGCACGGCUCCUGCACAUAUAAGAAGAAGUGCUUCAAGCUUCAUAUCUGCAAGUUCUUCCUGCAAGGAGAUUGCAUUUUUGCCAAUAAUUGUCGACGCGCCCAUAGGUUUGACGAAAGCUCUAUAAUGAUACUGGAAAAAAGGUGCUUUAAGGUCGACCUAAACAGUCAGCGCGUCCUGUAUGAGAUCUACAAGAACCGCUUCAUGAUCACCGCCGAUUUUGAGAAAGCAGCAGAAAGUUGGCGGUCUGAAUCAUCAUCAUCCGCCAUGAAGGUCAUUGAGCCAAACAGUAGUGACAUCUGCUUCUAUUAUAUUCUGGGCCAGUGUGGAUACAAAGAAAAGUGCAGAAAUGUGCACUAUGAACUGCCUUACCGAUGGCAGAUCUUACACAGCGAUGGUGUGAGUUGGAACGACCAUCCCGACAUGGAGGACGUGGAAAGAGCCUAUAGCAAGCCAGAAAACGACGUUAGUGAGGGGCUCCCUCCUGUAGACUUCCAGACCAUGAAAUGUGGAUCAGCUGAAGUCCGUCGCCUCUCCACACAGUCCUCUGUCACCAAGCACUCCAGUCACUUCCUUACUACAGAAUGGCUCUGGUACUGGAAGGACAGUGAAGGGCAGUGGAGACAGUAUGGAUGUGAGAGGGAGGAAAAAUAUGAAGCUUCAAGUCAGUCUCAUACUCUGGAAAAAAGUUACCUAGGUGACAUCAACGGCAGAAUGCGCAUCUCUAUCGGCAGAAAGGAGUUUAUCAUCAACUUUAAAGACAUGUGUCAGCAGAACCACGAUAACCAAGCUAAGGUCGAGGUAAGACGGCGGCCACGCUUUAUCUCUGCCAGCGAAGUUGAAAGAAAGCGGAGCAGGUAUUCCGUCUUUGUCUGCCUGCCUGAGAUACUUACUGACUUCUCUAUCUCAAAUAAAUACUUCCAAUGUAACACAUGCAGUCGGAGGCAAGAUUUGAUCCCCCAUCCCUGGAGGUGAAAGGCUACAUUGACACCCACUGAGACACUGUGCCACCUGUAGUUUCAAUGUCAUAUACAUUAUUUUAACUUUACAUUAAUUAUCUGCAUCCUUUCAUUAUCUGCCGCUUAUUUCGGGUUGGGUCAUGGGGACAGCAGUCAGCAGGGUGUUUCAAUAAAUACUGUAAAUGAAUAUGCGUACUCGUGUAUUUCUGUUGUAACUAGUAAUUCUCAUAGCCAUGCAGUGUUUAGUAUGGAAUGUGCGUGUUUUUCUUGACAUAUACUCAUGAGUGCGUCUGAGUAAAUUGUUGACUUCCGUAUGUGUACCACUGUUAAGCAGACUAUGGUAUCGCAAUCGCAGUGGCAUUGGAAAGCGUUUGACAUUAGGGGGACUGAAUUUGCCCCGCCAUGCAGGGGGGAGGGGGGGUGCAAUGUAUAUUGUAACAUCACAAUGGGCACGCAUCGUGGAAGGGUGCGAUGUCGUCAUAAAGAUUUUUCAAUAAUUUUCAAAAAAUAAAUAAAUAAAUAACUGAUCCAUAUGAUAAAAUGUUUGUGUGAUACAGGAAUACAAUCUUCAUGAGGUAUAUAUUUCAUCCUCUGCAUGUGCAGUGAAUUGGUCUGGAAUUGGUAACAUGCAGAUUAUUGGGUUUGGGGGGUCUGCUUAUAUUGGGGGGACAUUAUUUAAAAAUGUACCACACACUUAUACUGGUGUGAAGUGGGAUGCCAAGUCGUCAGUGAAAUCACUGACCUAAUCUGACAGGCAUCCACACAUCUACCUGAACAAUCUGCUCGCCAACACUGCUCAACAAGUUGUGCCCCAUCUUCAUCGUCAUUCGCGAGGCUGACCAGGAGUGCUCCCUCCCGCGCCAAGAUGCAGUUUCAGUGUCAUGUAAUGAGGGGUGAGACCCAGGGAAAAUCGCUGCAGUGAAGGGCUGCCCAACACUGCAGUGUCAUAGAGCUCUGCAGUUUCUUUGGUUUCACCUCUCGCUACUGGCGGCUUGUAGGAAACUUUAUCGACACGAUAAAGCGCCGUGUCGCUCCACCAGCUCGCUGGAAAGGGGUGGGUCUUUGAGAGGUCUUUUUUGGAGUUACAGUCCUCUUCGUUCAUAUGUCUGAAAGUUCGUAAGUAGAGGAGCAUCUGUAUUCUUCCUCUACUCUUUCUUAGUUGACAUCUCUUCUGUCAGAGUCACUGCUGCCACCUACUGGAAACACCUAGUCAAUUUUGUUGCACAUUCACAGACCACAUCUAUGGACGCGCGUGAGCUCCGCCAGACAAAAAAUCGGGGCAACCCACGUACAAUUCACAGCCGCCCGACGCAAACCGCUAACGACGAAAUUUAUGUCCCCUCACCCUGUGCGCAACCGAAACCGCACGCGGAAAAAUGAAGUAUGAAUUGGCCUUAAUUCUAGUGGUAGUGUCACCAAAGCUUGCACCUCUUUCCAGUAAAACUUUCUCUUUGAACUUUGCAGUAAAGAACCUGAGAAGCAAGACAAAUGAAAUUCAAACUCCGGAGACAUGGAAAGGUGGCAAGAUUUGAACCAACAACCUGGAGGUGUGAAUGACCAUACUAGCUAAUAAUAUUGUAAUAGUUCAUAUUUCAAAAACAUGGUACCUAGGUGCGAAAGUCAAUGAAUUGUUAUAUCAUCAUAGCAGAAUUUUACAGAUUUCUUUCCACUGCACAAUAAAAUUAAUGUAUAAAAUAUAAAUUUUUAAUUUUUCCUUGAACCAUAUAUUGAAUUUCCAGAUAUUUUAUAUUAAAUAGUAAUAAGCUCUUUCUUAUCUGUACACAUUGAGGCAAAUAAAAUACUUAAUUACAAAAAAUUAAAUACUGUAGUGCCGGCGAGAUGACUCAGAGUAGCGAAGUGUUGUAAAUAUUGACACAUGUGUACCUUUACCUGUGUAUGUACUCGGUCCUUACGUGAUCCUCGUGUGUCUUAGUCAUUGUGUGAUUGCCCUCCCAUGUGAGCUUUCUGGGUUUCCCCGCGUUUGCCUGCCGUGUAUGUCGCUGUAUUGUUGCCUGAGUGUGGCCCUUUUAAGGGCUACAUUAACCCUGGGGAACCCAGAACACAUUAUUAUAGGAAAAAUAUGUCCAUUGGCUAAAAUGAUCAUACAGACCCAGUGAACUCAAAAACGGGUGUUUUGUAAAAAUAACCCUUUCCCAGUCCAUGUUAUGAAUGUGCCAUAUACGACCCGCUGGACUGUUCAUGCUGUUCCAACUUGUUAAUUCCACCUAUGAAAUAAGGACAGAAAAGAAGGAAAUCCCAAAUCUUUGCAACAUUCUCUUUUUCAAAAUACAUUUAUUGAGUUUUCCUUUUCAUCAUUCACCGUGUGCUGGCAAUGAAACACAUGCUUCAAACAUGCCAACCCAUCAAGAAACAGGUCAAGUGAACAGACCUGCAAAAAGGUGCACUACACACAGGACGUUUACCUGUGGUGGGUUGUAAGGUCUGGUGCACCACCUGUAUUCUCUCUGUUUUUGUCUGAGGCUGAUGUUGAGCACAUGGAACAUGAUCAUCACAGUUGCCAGAAAGGUUUCAAAACAUCCAAAACCUAGCUGUACAUGUUCUGUAACUUCUAAACGUUAUAACUGAUGAUGCAAAAUUUCUGCCACUUACCUAUUCACAGCUUGACAGGUGAAUCUUUGCAGCAUGUACAGCAACAAAUUUAAAACUGAAAUAAAAAUAUUUAUUGUGGGAAAAAAUCUGGUUAAUUCAGUCAGUAAUCACUAAAUGUGACUGCUAUUGGGUCGUAUAUGGUACAAUGGGCUGUAAAGCAAAAAAAAAUUCUUAACUUUGAUGAGUGGGUUGAAUGUAAGGCAGAAACAAAAGGAAGGGUCAUAUAUGACCCUGUGGGUUCCCCAGGGUCAAAGUACCAACUUAGUGCCAGUUGGUGUCUUUGUGUUUGUUCAUAUUUUGCCCAGUUUAAAAUUAUUAAUUGAUCAUGCAGCUACAGUGCUUUCUUUGUAUAUUUUCAUUUUGUGUUUGAAAUCAUUUUUGUUGCCUUCUGGAAUUCCGUGAUCUUUAAAAUGAUUUAUAUUUAAACAUAUAAAUCUGUUUCAUACGUGUGUAAAUUAUAUAGUAUUUGUAUUGUUCUGUUGUAACCAUGUAAUAAGUUAUAUAAUUAAAUCUUUUGUUUGCACUGA